CAUCCCAGUGUUUAGAUCAUGUUCGAGCGCAGCAGCUCACUGUCGGUUAGUGCUUCACCAAAAGCCGGACUUCUAUCCUACAGGUCACUUAGGAGGCACUGGGUGUUUGGGUCUGUAUGUUAAUGAAGGUGUUUUCUUAGCUUCGGGGGUUUUCUCCUCUCUAGCCGAAUGGGACCCUCUGUCGCUGGGUUUGGCACCGACUGACUCUGCCCCCGCUCCUGAAGCCCCCACUCCGGGCUCCGCCAGCUUUGGUGUGUCCAGUCACUUCAUUCAUGGUUUGACGCCAAACCCGCCUGUUUGAUCGGCAGAAGAUACGACGACGCCAAAUCGCCGGCAGCAGCGCGUCAUUGGCCUUGGCCAUGGGGGGAUCCAAGAGUAAGCCUAAGGAUGCAGGCCAGAGAACCCGAAGCCUUGAUGGCAACCUGAGCUCUGGAGGAGGGAGUGGGAGCCACCACCUCAACUCCAAUCAGCCGUCCUUAAUACCCAACCGUAGCCCUACUAUAGAUGGAGGUCUCAUUGGCAAUCAGUCAAUGACAAGUAAUGCAGAGCUGACCCUGUUUGGAGGUGUGGACAGCAACAGUGCCACCUCUCCCAACAUAAUCACACUAGCAGGAGGUGUGACGACCUUUGUGGCACUGUAUGACUACGACUCUCGAACAGCAUCGGAUCUGUCUUUCAGGAAGGGCGAACGUCUCCAGAUAGUCAACAACACGAGGAAGUUGAACUGCAGAGAAGGGGACUGGUGGCUGGCACGCUCCCUGACCACUGGAGAGAGCGGUUACAUCCCCAGCAAUUAUGUGGCUCCAUCUGACUCCAUCCAGGCAGAAGAGUGGUACUUUGGCAAAAUCACACGCCGUGACUCUGAGAGGCUGCUGCUGAGUUUAGACAACAGGAGAGGAACUUUCCUGGUGAGAGAGAGUGAGACCACCAAAGGUGCCUACUGUCUGUCUGUAUUGGACUAUGACAACACCAAAGGGCUGAAUGUGAAGCACUACAAGAUCAGGAAGCUGGAUAGUGGAGGCUUCUACAUCACAUCACGCACACAGUUCAGCACCCUGCAGCAGCUUGUCAAUCACUAUCGCAUGCAUGCUGAUGGACUGUGUCACAAUCUAACAGACAUUUGUCCUGUACUGAAGCCUCAGACUCAGGGCUUAGCCAAGGAUGCCUGGGAAAUCCCCAGAGAGUCCCUCCGGCUUGACCUCAAGCUCGGGCAGGGCUGCUUUGGAGAGGUCUGGAUGGCAACAUGGAACGGCACAACACGGGUGGCAAUCAAGACCCUGAAGCCCGGCACCAUGUCCCCUGAGGCCUUCCUCCAAGAAGCUCAGGUCAUGAAGAAACUAAGACAUGAAAAGCUGGUUCAGCUGUACGCUGUGGUGUCUGAGGAGCCGAUCUACAUCGUCACAGAGUACAUGGGCCAAGGUAGCUUACUGGAUUUCCUAAAAGGUGACAUGGGCAGGAUGCUUCGCCUCCCCCAGCUGGUGGACAUGGCCUCACAGAUUGCUUCAGGGAUGGCCUACGUGGAGAGGAUGAACUAUGUGCACAGAGACCUGAGAGCUGCUAACAUCCUGGUGGGAGAUAACCUGGUGUGCAAAGUGGCAGAUUUUGGUCUGGCUCGCCUCAUUGAGGAUAAUGAAUACACUGCCAGGCAAGGAGCCAAGUUUCCCAUCAAGUGGACCGCUCCUGAGGCUGCUCUGUACGGCCGCUUCACCAUUAAAUCUGAUGUCUGGUCAUUUGGGAUCCUGCUGACUGAGCUGGCUACUAAAGGCAGAGUGCCCUAUCCAGGUAUGGUGAACCGGGAGGUGCUAGACCAGGUGGAGCGUGGCUACAGGAUGCCGUGCCCAGUGGAUUGCCCCGAAUCUUUGCAUGAGCUGAUGUUGACCUGCUGGAGAAAAGAGCCCGAGGAGAGGCCCACCUUCGAGUACCUGCAGGGCUUCUUGGAGGAUUACUUCACCUCCACGGAGCCUCAGUACCAGCCAGGAGAGAACCUGUAACUGGGGCCACCGUGGAUAUGUGCACGCGUUUUGCAUGUUUAAAACUGUCCAUCUGUUAUAGAGUGUGUAGACAAGUACGUGUGAGGGCACGUAUGUAGAGUUCAACAGGGCAGAAAGCCGACAACGCUCUGGGUACAAUCAGUAACUCUCUGGCAUAAAGGAGCAUCACUGGGACGUUCAACCUCUCACCAGUUUUCAUUCCAAAGUCAUUGUCAUACUGUUCAUCGUUAUCAGCUGCGAGAGCUUCUUUCAAAGGAAGGGACUGAAAUUAUUCUGACUGUGUUACACAGCGCUUUGUUUGUCAUUCGGUAUCCUACACAGCCAAGCAGGUUUUACGACCUUCCUUGUGUUUGUACGGCGUCCCACUGUAACUGUAUGAUAUACAUUCCCCAGGUAUUCUUCAUGCACUCAUUCACCUGACAGAUCUACCAGUUUGGCAGCAUCAAUACAUUUUUUUACUACAUUUUCUUUGGGAUACUUUUUGAAACGCACAUGCUCAGACUCUGUCUUCCAUUUUGAGAAGCAUCCAUUUGGAACAUAAAAUGAUUUGCCAGGAUACUGUGGAUCUUCAGAUUGUGUUAUUAGACCCGGAUCAACUGGAAAUCGUUCAGGUGAACACUUUUACUUUACAACCAUGCUUCCCCUGUGCCAGGCUGAGGCACCUUCUCCUUCUCCAGCUCGGAGCGUGUGGUCUCACCCACCAGUUGGACAAAGUUGUUUAUCGCUGUGGUCAACGUAGAACUCCACAAAGAAGAGAAGAGGUUGAGCUUAUUUCUCUAGUUUCUGAUUGUGACUUUUCUUACAAACAAAUGGCUACUAAUCACUGUCAGUCACCUCAGGAUGGAGAAGACUAGAAUUUUGUGCCAAUGAAAAAUCUCUUUUGUACUCUCUUCUACUGUGUAAAAGUGUAUUUUACUACUCUGAACAUUUCUUACAAUGAAGGUUAAGUUGUGUGAGCAGAGAGUGUGUUGUUCAUCUCAAGGGAUAAUCUGCUGUUUUGUGAUCCUGCACCUGUCUACAGUACCAACUGGCUCACCAGCACCGUUUCAAGGUGUCGUUACGUUUUAUAAAGCAUUGAAAUUAAAGUCAGAUGUGUUCUCCUUCACACUUCCUUUUAGUUCUGACCAUUAAUAUGAAGAUUAAUAUUUUUAAUCAGCCUCAGUAUGUCCUUAAUUAGUGCUUCUUCAGUCGUACACUGGAGAUGUUUCUGUUGUGGUCAUGCCCUCCCCCAGCCUGUAGGGGGCAGACCAGGUAGCAUUCCCAUAAACAGCAUGUAUAGCACAUAAACUAGCAUCUUGAAUCUGAUUUGUAAAUAAUUUAUGCAUAUACCAUCUUUAUAAUUUAUUCCUUUUAAAUUAACCCAGCUGUUAAUUUUGCUGUCAGCUCAUCAUUCAGACUUAAUAUUUAUGGUACUUUUGUGGGUUAAAUAAUAACAGACAAUAAUGAUAUCAAAUAGAUGCAUAUAAACACUUUUACAUUACAGGUAUGGUUUUCGUGCACGUGGUUCUGUGAUACUUAACUUUGCUGUGCAUUUUCAAUAUGACUGGCAGAAUCGAUGAGCUCGCUCUAGACUCCCUGACUUUUUGUACAAGUUCAGUCUUGGACUCUGGUCAUACCAGCAUUAUUCUUUUCCAUAAUGCAGUGGGAACCACAGAUGUUUGCAUUAUGAUAAUCUUCAAAUCAUGCUGGUGCUGGUAAAUGAGCAGGUAAUCGAGUGUCACUCUCACCAAACGUUUCAGUCUUUCUGAGGGCACCUGACCAACGCGGUGCGUGUUGCAGUCCUUUGCACUUCAGCUUGGUUUUCACAGAGCACUACUGAUUAUGAUGAAAUAGCUCCAUAUAGAAGACUGUGUGGUUGCCUCAAAUAGAAGGAGCUUGAUAUUUGCGUAGCGUCUACUAUGUCCUGUGGACAUGGGUAAUGCCACAGUGGAUGCAUUGAUCUAUACGGGUGCAGUGAGGUGUCUGUCAUCAGCCCCUUCUUUUCCAGGCCUGUUUUUGAGCAAACGUGGUAAAAAGUGCACAUAAAGGGUCAUAUUGUCUGUAUGCAGCCUUGCUUCCAAACCAAGGACAUUUCCUGUGGGGUUCUUUGGGUCUCCUUUCUGGCUAUGCAGCUAUUUUUUUUAAAUCUGUGAUAAUCCUAUAUAUAUACUGUGUACUCUUUUCUACUGUAGUCUGAGACAAUUCUCAGAUACAUGGCUCUUUGUUAAAUCCUACUGAACAUUAUUCAAAUUUGAAAGUGCAUUUGAAUAAAUCUGUAUAUUG